AUGGCUGAUUCAAAACAAUUCAAGCUAGAAAUUCAAUUCACAGAAUUACAACUCCCAAGACCUAUAGACCCUUCAACACUGGGGCUGGUCGUAACUGUAGGCUCUAACACUCAUCAACUCUCCUUCCAAUCAAUUUCUUAUAUAACAAUUCCAUCAUUUUCGCCAGAUGGGGUUAUGAAUCUUGAGCUUCGCGAUGAAGCUCUCUUAGCAACAAGCUCUGUCCAACUAGGAAGACUUUGUGACAAAACUAUAACAGGGAACUUCGAAAAGUGGGUAAAAUUCGAGCCAGAAAAAGGUGUUGGCUUAGAAGGUCCUAAAGGUGUCAAAGUAAAAUUAGUUGGAGUUCUAGGAAACUCCCGCAGAAGUAUCUCUCCUAAUAAAGCCCGCCCAAAGAACAUUGGAGUAUCUCCACUCAAAAUACGAGGAAAAUGCAAUUACUUAAAGAAGCUAAAUUCCGUUGAAGAUGCUGAAAAAGAUAUCCAUGAUAUUGUAGUAAGAGUAAGAACCCGCCUUGGAGCAGAAUAUGAGCAACUCAUAGAGGAUGGAAUCAGAUCCCCUGCAAGAUCUCCAGGGCGGUCUCCAGGUAAAUCACCUCUUAGAAAGCGCCAAGAAGACGAAAACAAUCUUGAUAUGGCAGAGCCUUACUUAGAGCUCCCAAGUAGAUUUGAGCUUAAUAUUGAGCAACUUUCCAGCUCAGAGCCACAUUUAUUAAGAAAUAUCGCUAUCGGCCUGUGCCAAAAAAUUCGUGUGAUGAAAGCUCAAGUAGAAGAGUACGAAGCAAUCCAAGAAGUUGUAGUAAAUUUUGACAGCCCAAUGGAAGAACUUGCGCAAUCAAUGACAGAAACUAGAGAGCAGCUGGGCCAAGAACAAAUUUUUAUUGAUGGAGUCAUCACACAAGUUUCAGGAGAAAAUCUAAAGCUCGAAGAAGCUAUUGCCAGUGUAGAUUCUCAAAUAAAAGCUCUGGAAGAAGAAGCAAACUUAAACUUAAAAGGCUUAAAGCCUUCCAGAUCUGAUGUCUUCUCCCUCUUUGGCCACCGGAUUUGUUAAGGAGGAGUUCAGUCGCCUGAUCCCUGUCUCAACAGUAGUCUAUUCCCGGAACUAGGGCUUGCACCAAUAUAUCCCUGAGUCUCGAUGGGCUAGAAAGGCUCCUCUUCUUGCUUUAUGUAUGCCUCCUGUCGACUACUUGAAGAGGGGUGACACCCAGAAAAAUGGCUUUCGGAGCCGCAGGGAAGAACCCAUGACCCAAAGCCCAUUCGUAUAACUAUUAUCUCGACUGGAAUUGCAACUAGCUGACUCCCAAGGCUUAACCACCCCAUACCGCCGCUAUAGGCAGGAUUAAAGGGUCCAAAACCUUUUGUUUAUGCUAUAAAGCGAUUUUUGUGCCCAUCGUCAAUCACAUAUUUUGUCGCCGCCACCAAAAUAAUUAUGAAGAAGAAAUAGGUAACGUUAAAGAGCAAGCAGAACAUUUUAAAAAUGAGAAUGAAAAAAAUAAAAUUGAUGGCGAAAAUGUAGAAAAAGAAAUAAAAAGAAUUGCGAAACUCAAAAAACAAAUUGAAAAAGAUGACGGAGAAAGGGAGACCAUGAUAAGCAGCUACCAGGCUAUACUUACUGGGUAUGCAGAUCCGCAUUUAGCCAAUGAUCUGGUAAAAAUCGAAGAAGAAAGAGUAGCGAUGCUAUCACAGCUGAACUCUCAAACCUCAUUACUAGAUCACGCAAAUAUCGAAAACUUACAGCUUCAAGCCCAAAUAGAAAUCACUCAAGCUGAACUUAUAUCCCAAGAAGACCAAAAAUCCAGAAAUAUCACGCUAAAUGCUCAAAACAAUUCCUAUGCUCAGAUUUCAGCUGAACUUGAAAAAGCUUAUCAAGAUCUAAACGCUCUAAAAGAAAUAAACAUCAAUGAGUCUAUGAAUCACUCUAGGAAAAUUGAAAUUGAUAUAAGGGAUUAUCAGAAUUCCCAGCCAGCCCUAGAGCAAGAGCUCCAAUCAAAGCAGCAACAAAUAGCUGAUUAUUUAGGAAACUUAGAAGAAUUUAGAAAACAUCUUGAAGACAUAGAGACUUUACUGAAAAAUGACGAGGGAAUUUAUGAUCAAUAUAGAGACUUCAAACUGCAGUUUGAUGCUGAGGUAAAAAUUCAAGAAGAAUUGCUGAAGGAGCUGUCUUAUUUCAGUGAUUUGGUGUUCAUGCAAGCGCAGGCUGGGCUACUUACUAAUAGGCUUUAUAGGAGGCUUGAAGAUAUGCUGGAAGAAAAAGAGUACCAGAAAGGCUCCAUGCAAAAAAUGAUUGAUGAUAUUAAGAGGUCAAAACCAGCUUAUAUAGCUAAGCAGGGAGAUCUUGUGGAUGUAGCACUAGCAAAAUAUUUAAAUACAAGAGAAAAUACUAUGGAUGUAAAUUUCGUUAGGACUGAUAAAGAAAAAUAUGUCUUUGGUACUAAAAAUGUGGAGAUAAAGAAAGAAGGUGAAGGGCUGUUUGUGUAUUUUGAAGGUAAAAAGCUUGGAAUUGAAGAGUUCACUGAUGGGUAUAAUACAAUAGAAAAAGAAAAACUUGAAGAUCAAGCAGAGCUGAAGAAGCUAAAUUCAAUGGGAGAGAAGAAAUCAGCCAUAUUUGGAACUGUAAUUGAUAUGUCAAGUAAAAAGGAAGGAAGAAGUCCAGGAUUAGGCUCGAAAUCUCCACAAAGAGGAAUGACAGCUUUACCUUCUAGAGAGUCUCCAACUAGGAAAAGAACUUUACUUUAA